AUUAAUUUAUUGUCCAGUAAAUUUGUAUAUCUCUACUUUAUUUAAUAUAAGGAAUACAAGUUCCCUCUUAAUUUUAAUGGAAAAUACAUAUAAAUACAUGUAUGAAACAAAUGUGGAUUAAUUGCUUUAUGAUGUCAUUGUGGUAUACAGAUAUAAAAUACUUCCUUCCUGUGGGCAUCAAAUCUCAAUUCUUUUAGUUUUAAAAGUAAUGUUCUAUGGUCUUUCAUUUUAUUAACAUCAGUUACUUAAAAUGUUAUACUCAAUUUCAUCAACUAAAAUCAACAUAGGGUUUUACAAUUUUGCACUUAUAAUUUUACAAUAUAAUGUACUAGCAUAUAAUUUAAAUAUUGAUAAUGCUAAAGUAUUUAACAUUCCUAAAGUUUUUAAUCAUCAACGAGGAAGUUAUUUUGGAUUUUCUGUUGCACUUUAUACAGAUGGAGAAGAUUCUGUACUACUUGUAAGUGCUCCAAGAGCAAAUACAAGCAUAAUAGAAAAUGUAAUUGAGCCAGGUACUGUAUUUCAAUGUCCAAUUAACGAGGCAUGUAAGGAAUGGAUUAUUGACAGAAGAAAUAAGCCAGAGAACCAUAAACAAUAUUCAACAAUUAAUCAAAUUAAGGACAAUGCAUGGAUUGGUGCAACAAUUGCUGUAGAAAAUAAAACUAAUCCUAAAAUUGUGGUUUGUGCUCCACGAUUGAAGAAUAGUGUUACAAAUAAAAACGUAUCUAAUUGGUUUAUGAAUGGCAUUUGUUAUUUGUCAUUAAUUAACAGUACCAAAUCUUUUGAGAAAGAAACUGAAACCGACAUUUUAUCGUUUGCAAAAGUCCAAGAAGCUAUUUACGUAUAUGGGAAAACGAAUAUUUAUAAUUUUGGAAUGAGUCAAGUUGGCUUUUCUAUGCAUAUGACAUCUAAUGACUUAAAAUGGGAUUUAAUAUUAGGUAGCCCUGGUGUAUUUAAUUGGAAGGGCACACCCUUAUUAGUUACAAAAUCAAUUCGUGGUAAAACGCAAACUAUAAUUCCAUCAAUUAAAAAUGAAAGAAGUAUUCACACAAACAGCUAUUUUGGGUAUGCAGUAACCUCUGGUUAUUUUAUAAAAGGCAAAUUGUGGUUUGCUUCUGGUGCUCCUAGAGCUUCAAACAUACAUGGUGCUGCUAUUAUAUUUACCUUUUCUCACAGUGAUAAUACAAAAUUAGAAGUAAAAAAGUUAUUGAUUGGUGAGCAACAUGGUGAAUACUUUGGUGCUGCUUUAUCAUCAUGUAAUCUUAAUGGUGAUGAUAAAGAUGAAUUAAUUGUUGGAGCACCACAUUGGUCAAAAAAUAUAGACGAAGGUCGCAUGUACAUUUUUACUGCUUUAAAUGAUGAAAUUUUUGAAAAACAAUCAUUUGAAGGAAAAAUAUCUGGAAGUAGAUUUGGUUCUAUCAUAACUUGUCUUGGUGAUAUUGAUUAUGAUGGUUACGGUGAUAUUGCUGUUGGUGCACCAUAUGAAGAAGAAAGUGGUGCAAUAUAUAUUUUCAAUGGCAAUAGCAAUGGAUUACCUAAACAGUAUAGUCAAAGGAUAAUUGGCAAGCAAUUUGGAAGAAAUAUCCGUGGAUUCGGGAUUUCAAUUUCCGAACCUCGUGACAUAAAUGGUGAUAAAUAUCCUGAUAUUGCAGUUGGAGCAUAUUUAUCUGAACAAGCAGUUUUAAUAAAAUCAAAACCUGUUAUAAUAAUAACUACAAAAUUAGCUUAUGAUGAAAAUAAGAAAUUAUUAAAAAAUUCUACUUCUUUUCUAAUCAACUUAUGCGCACAUUAUGAUGGAAUAAAUGCUCCUAAAUAUAUUCGAAUUGUUAAAUCUUUGAAAAUUGACCAGAUAUAUAGAAGAGCUCAUUAUAAUACAGAAAAAAAUAAUGAUAAUAUUUAUAAAUUGCCUGACACUCUAUAUAAAUCUAAAAACUUAUGCAAUGAAUUUGAAAUACAUUUAAAGGAAAAUAUUCAAAAUGUAAUAAAUCCAAUUGAAAUAUCUGUCUCAAUUAAUUUGGAAAAAAACUGGAACUCAAAUGACAGUCAGAUAAACGCUUUUUGCACAUCGUGUGUAGCCAUAAAUAAAUUACUUUCCCAAACAGAAGAUUCAAUCAAAUUACCAUUUGCUGUAGAUUGUGGUGACGACAAUAUUUGUACAUCAGAUGUAAAGAUAUUACUUUCAACAGACUUAAAUUCUGGUAACAGAUAUAUCAUUGGAUCAACAAUCACUACUAAACUUAAAAUAGAUGUUCUUAAUUAUGGUGAACCUGCGUAUCAAGCUAAAAUAUACAUAUAUAUACCAAAAACAUUGUCAUUAGGAAGUAUAUCACCUUCAUGCAUGGAAAGUUUUUAUACGAAUAACACUUUGGAAGUAAUAUGUGAUGUUGGAAACCCACUCCGAAAAAAUAAAACAUUAACAUUAGAUUUGGACAUGAAUAAAGUUCGAUCUAAAGUUGAUCAUGUGAAAUUAUGGGCCAAUUUUGAUACACAAAGUGAACAAAAAGAUUCAUUCAAUAAUACAAAUAUUUUAAUUAUAUAUUUUGAUGUUGAUGUCGACAUAGUGAUUGCAGGAAAAGCGCAAGACAAUUUAUAUUCAUAUUCUCUUGAAGAUGAAAAUAAAAAAUUAAACAGUAUUCAAUUUCAACAUAUUUAUGAAAUUCAGAAAUUUGGAGUUAGUCCAAUUGACGAAGUUAUGUUAACAAUUAGUGUUCCAACAUACUGGAAACAUAAUGCUGAAGACAUACAAAUUAUUAAUAUAAAUGAAACAAUUAGCAAUCUCAAUGGUCAACCAUUUUACUGCGCACAUGAAAAUUCUACAGCAUCAACUACUUUAAUUCAUAAAUCUGAAAUUUACUCUACAAAUACUGAAUUGUACACACAGGAAGAAUUUAGAAUGAAUACUAAUUUUUCUAUCAACUUUCCACCAGACAAUAGGUCAUUUUAUAUUAAUUGCACAAAUAUUAAUGUAAAAUGUACAUAUAUUAUAUGUCAACUUGGUCCUUUUGUAAGUUCUUCAUCUGUUGCAAAACUUUCACUUACAUUGGACUUUUAUUUAUCUCACUUUAAAUCAAAGAUCAUGAAAAGAAAAGACAUUAUAUUUUUCUUAACUAGUGGGAAAGUCAAUAUCUUAGAAUCACAUCAUGUUAUCCAAAAAAUUAAACACAAACCCAAUGGUACUGUUAUUGCUACAAUGUUCCUAGGUUCACCAGUGGCUCAACACAUUGCUACGUGGAUUAUAGUUUUAUCAAUUAUCUUAGGAAUUUUAUUGUUAAUAUUGUUAAUAUUAGCAUUAAUUAAAAUUGGAUUUUUUAAUCGAAAUAAGAAAAAAGAACUUGAAGCAUUAAAAUCUGAAACGAAUGUAAGUUUACUUAAACAUUUUUCCUUAUAUUAUAAAUGUAUAGUUAACAUAUUCAUUAUAUUACAGACACAUCAUGGGACAACAUUGGAAACAUGUUCAUCAACAGAUAUUAUUCAUGAAGAAUAAAUUUAUUGAUAUAUAAUACUUUAUGUUUUGUAUACAUAUUUGUAUAUUUUUUUAUUCUUUGCAUAGAAGAGAAAACAAGUAACAUUUUGCUAAUGCAUUUGAAUUCUACCAGCAUCUUUAUAAAAAUAUAAUAAAUCUUAAAAAAUAUCGAUUUGUUUAUAAAUUGUCAACUACAAAGCUUGAAAGGAUUAUAUUAUAAAUAUUUCAUUUUAUUUUGUUUGUAAAAUUGCGUAAAAACAAUUGGAGCAAAUUUAUUUUAAAUAAAUAUUCUAUAUACAAAAAUAUUAAUCUCUUUAUGUAUAGCAUGAGAUUCAAACAGCUCGUAUUACAAUUUGUAAUGCUUUCUAUUGGAAUUUUUAUGUCAAAUAUAUAAUUAGCUGCCUUUUACAUUAAACAUUUCUAACUCACAAUCAUAUUGUGCACAUAUUCGUAUUGUUUUAAUUAUUAUAUUUAAA